UAAUGAAUAAUGAUAAAAAAAAUGAUAAAAAACCUGUUAAACCAGUUGAGAAGAGUUCUACAACUAAUAAUUAAUAAAUAUAAAGUAAACUCUUAGGAACAAAUGUUAAUGAAAUAAAUAUUGAAAAACUUCGUGAUCUAAAAUAAACUUAGAAUUUCAAUUUACAAGGAAAACUUACAUCAUGUAUUAUAUAUAUGUUAAUUUAUUUAGAAAUUGUUAAAACUGUAUCUAAUAAAUUUGGUCUCGAUAUUGUAUUUGUUUUGGAUCUAAGUAAUUAAAAAAUUGGCAAUAUUGAAUGUUUAACAGAAUGCAUUCAUUUAGUUUAAUUGAACCUUUAAAAUAAUUCAAUUAGGUAAUAUAUAUCUUUUAUAUUUCCAAGUGAUAUUUCUCCAUUGAAGGUUAUGAAAGAUUUAGCAUUUUUGAAUAUUUCUAAUAAUCAAAUUACACAAUUAGAUUUAGGUGAAUUAUCAUCACUUUAAAAUUUAUAAGCUAAAGGCAAUUUUAUUAAGAGUGUUAAAUCAAUAGAAUAUUUAGAUCGCAUUAGAGUACUUAGAACACUUUAUUUAUAAUGUCCAUCUGGUGAUCAAAAAAAUCCUAUUUGUGAUCUUAAUAAUUAUAGGAAUGUUAUAUUCAAUACAAUUAAAGCACUUUAAAGACUUGAUGGUUAUACUAGAGAAUAAGAAUAUAAUACAGGAUAGGAAUUGUAAAAAGAAUAGGUAUAAAUUAAAAUUGAGAUUCCAAAUACUGGUCCAUGGUAUGUUUAAUAAUUUCCAAAAGUUGAUAAUCCUUCAUCAGUUUAAUUAGAUGAUAAAGGAGUUAAAUAAUCAAUAGAUGAAACAAAAAAGUUAAUUAGUAAUAUUGAAAUGAAAUUGGCUUUAUUAAAUUGA